AGACCAUAAACACAACGUACAUACAUACGUGUGUACGUAUGUAUGUACCUACCUUACCUACCACAGUACCUACGCACCCACACACAGUACAAUCACGCAGCUGACGAGUGGUUGCUUUUUGCUGCACAACACCAAAGCAAAAUCGGUGUUCGAUAUUGGUUGGUAGCUAAAUAGUCAUGUUUUUGGAGUGUUUGAAUGGUUAAAUAAAACAAUUUCUUCCAUUUUAAGCUCAUAUCCAAAAACAAUACCAAAACAGUGUUUCUUUCACAAGUUUAUAACUCAAAUACGAAUAGUAUAUCGGUCUAAUUUCAAGUGAAAAUUGACUACAUUCCAUUGCAUUCUUACGGAACUUUUUAACAAAGGUGGUGUCACAACCUAGAUCAAGAUGGGCGUGAUGAAAACCAUGGUCUCUCUGGCUGUCAGCCACGGCAAGGUUGGAUUGAGGACUGCCAAAAAUUCUCCGUUCCGGCCGUUGCUGUCUUGCGCGCCGGUCGCCAUGGUGACGAUGGACCGCGGUGCGCACACGCAGGACAUCACCAAGAACAUUCAGUACAUCAGCAACGAUAAGAUCAAAAUUAGCGCCGACCCCGCCACAAUGAAACUGGACAAACUCCCGAACAAGCCGAUCUGUAUCAUGAUCAACUGGCUGUUGGCGCGACAGAAGCACGUGAUGAAGUACGCCACUCUCUACCUGGAGCAGGGCUUCGACGUGAUCUCCGUGUCCUGCACGCCCUGGCAACUCAUGUGGCCGCAGAAGGGAUCACAGUUGGUGGCUCGGGACAUGAUCAAGCUGAUGGCUGAGAAUGACAACGGUCAGCCGCUGACGAUCCACGGGUUCUCGGUGGCCGGUUACAUGAUGGGCGAAAUCUGUGUCGAGGUCAUGAAGGACAAGGAGAGAUACCAGCCGACGCUUGACCGCGUGGUGGCCCAGGUGUGGGACUCCGCCGCCGACAUCAGUGAGCUCACCAUCGGAGUCCCGGCCGCCGUCUUCCCCAAGAACAAGAUCAUGCAAAACACCCUCCGAGCUUAUAUGGAAUACCACCUGAAGACUUUCCACACUGUGGCGACGAUCCACUACAUCCGAUCGUCGCAGAUGUUCCACACGACGCUGUGCCGUGCGCCGGCGCUGUUCCUGCUCUCCAAGAGUGACCCCGUCGGCGCCGAGGCCAGCAACAAGAGCGUGCACGAUAGCUGGGUCGAGAUGGGCAUCAAGUGCACGUGGAAGUGCUGGGAGCGCUCCCCGCACGUGCAGCACUACAACAAGCACCCGCAGGAGUACGUCGCCGCGCUCUACUCCCACCUCGACUCCCACGGGCUCGUCUCCCAGCCCGAGAAGAUGCGGAGCAGGUUAUAAAAUGGGACGUAUGAACACAUUUCAUGUUACAUUAUAAAUUUUCUCUGGAGAUUUUGGAGUACGAUGUUAAAUUGUGAACGAAAUCGGGAAGUUUUAUGUUUUGAAAUGUAAUUUUCUUGUAGUUCUACAGUCUGUCUGUAAAGAGUAUAAAACAAAUAAGGGAGCUGUGUUCACUUAGCUGGCAAUACUGUUUUUCAACCAAUCGCAAUCAUCCGAUUUGUUAUUGCAAUGAUGAAAUAUUGUAGUGCGUCAAAAAAUCGUCUUCUAUUAUUUAAUGACAGAUUGUAUUAAAAUGACAAUGUGUUACAAUCUCACAAUAGUCUGGACCUCAUCGACCGAAAAAUCGUUAGAAAACUCACUAAAGACCUGUUUUUACGACUUGCGGAUAACUCUAAUGGCCUAUAUGUAACAUAUCUAACAGAUAGCGUAAAAAUUGUGUUUCACAAGUAUUGAACAGGGCUAACUGGCAAAUAACUUCAGGAAGAUUUAUCUAGCAGUUAGUUAUCUGUCAAAUUGCAAUACGAUGUUUUAUCAGAAACAGGUGAAACAGGCCUGUGCUGUAAUAUUCAAAUUAUUGAGUCAUUGAGUGGCAUUUGUUUGUACGUAAUCGUUCGUCCGAUUUUUGUAGUUCUGUGAAACUAAAAGUCUUGUGUAACCCUAUCCUUUCCUGCCUGGCUUUUAUGAAGUGAUAAUAUGUUUUCGGUGCCUUUCGAAGCGGUUAUGGUGUCAUGGUUAAGACGCCCGCCCGUGGAUCGAAAGGUCCCAGGUUCGAAUCCUACUCGUGCCACAUGAGUUUGUAUACCAAUCUGACUCAUGGAUAGUAGUUUUUAUCGACUACCACUUGCUUCCUGUGAAGGAAAACAUCGUGAGGAAACCUGCACACUGGUUGAUUAUAUUAACUUGUGUGUGAAAUGGAGAAGGCAAUGGCAAACCACUCCAUUACUAAUGUCAAGAAAGUUGUUGUGUAUGUUUAUUUCCACGUAAUGACCACGACCCUCAGCCAUGAGGAAUACGAUUAUGAUAAGUUUUCAUAGAAAACUGAGCCUUAUGACAUGGCAAUAAGGCUAAUGUUUGCGACACAAUUACUUUAAAAUUCUUGAGGGAGGGCCAGUGCUCCCUGUAAAAAAGUAAGGCUAGGAGCAGUUCCUAUCUUUAUUUUAUUUCUCUCUAAAUAUGCUGCCUUAUAAAGAAAACUUUAGACGUUAAACUUUUUUUUGGUUUAUUGUACUGUGAUUUUCGACGACUGUUUUUCUACGCUAUAACGAUUUGAAAAUAUCUUAUAACCACUUUUACGAAGACCACAUAGCUAUCAAUUAAUGUCUUAAUGUUGAUUUAUAGACAUUAAAAGCGAUUUCAAAUUGUAAUACAUAAUUUAGUCUUGGUGUGUCUAAUUCUUAAGUUGAACAUUUUUCAUACACUUUAUUGUUUGUAUUCAAGUUUAAGUUAUGAUAAAUAUUUACAUACAUAUAUAACAAGCUUUGAACUGUUUUAACCCUUUCAUCGCGACACUUUACAUGAAUCGAAAAUAAAUAUGUACAAUAGGAAUGUGCAACAUUUUAUAUCACCUUUUUUUUUCAUGCAGUGGUUUCUCGUCGGAUAUAUACGACAUUCGCGAAGUGGGCACGAAAAUGUUGGUCGGAUUAAUCUGACGUUAGCUGUGAAAGGGUUAAACACUCCGUUUAUAUAUACGCUGAGUUAAAUUAUAACUUUUACAUAAAGUCAAUGCAAAAGUUAGUUAAUUUAAAAUUCAAUAAUUAUACGAAGUUUGGUUACAUUUACAUAGUUAUUACAUUAACCCGUUUUAAAAUUGAUCUCUUAAAUUGGGUGGAACAAAAUAUCAAGUUUUAUACAGGGAGGGUGUUAGAUUAAACAUAGUUAACAUUAAAAUAUAGUUUCAACAUGAGUAAAGUAAUAUUUUUUUAAAAUAAAUUUUUCAUUGAUUGUUAUUUCUCAUCUACGUUAUAGAAAAAUCGUAUGAAGUCUAACAUCCUGUAUGUAUAUUAGUUUUUAUUAAAAACAUAAUUAGGUAGAAAUUGUGCUCGAACAUUUGGUGUCAUUUUCGGGUAAUUAAGAUGUUUUUGUAAGAUUUUUUUUUAUAUUACAGUUAAGAUGUACGCACUAUUUUAGAUUAUUAUGAUGUAUUUCAUGAAUAAAAUAUUUGAAAUAUA